CUUACGCCUUGCUCAGUGACACAAAUAUGUACGAGUGCAUAUGGCAAGGAAGGAAAACCAUUUCAACAGUGUGGCUCACAGUCAAUGUGCCACAUAUUGAGCGCUCCAUGUCGGUGCCAGUGGACAACUUGUCGACUCUACCAUGCUAUAUUCCGAGGUCCAGAAAGCAGUCCCCCAACAAGAUGCUAGUCUGGUGGACCUGGAACGGCAUGACUAUAGCGUCGCUGCCUGGGGUACUGUACACUGCCGAUGGACUAUAAUGCAUGCCCUAGGCCUAGAUGAACAUUUUCAUAGAUGUCCAGGUGACCUGAGACAAAUGACUUGUAUGUGAAGCCAUUGCAACACGCAAGUCAUUAUAACGUCUGUGACGUCCAUGGAUGACUAUAGGAGAAGGAUUUUUCCCGACUCUCGUGAAUCAUUUGAACUUGAUAUAAGCCCAACAAUGAUGACAGACAGUGGAGAAUACCAGUGUUUGUAUAAAACCAGCGAUACUGAUGAUGCAAGGCCAGGGACACCAGAGAGUAUCACACUGACGGUAGUGGAAACGAACACGACAGAUAUUGGUAACAUUCUUUCUUAUUCUUUUCACUGCAGCUAUGUCAUUAUCAGAAAAAUGAUGCACCAUGUAACAGCCAAUCUUUCAGAUACCCCAUGGGUUGUUGUUACCACUGAUGAGACCCCAGGAACGACAGAGGACUGGGUCAGUACAACACACUGGCCGAUAGUGUCUACGACAGAAGAAGUGACUGUCACCGAUCCUAUACAUGUUCUUCUGGAAGAUUCUACACAGCCAAUUGAAGUCACGACAGAGUUGCAGCUAAGGGCAGCCAUUGAGGAGACGCAAACAUCAGGCCCAAACAAAGUUCCAGUCGACACAGCCGCCCCAGACAAUGUCCCGUGGGUUCGAUAUGGACUGAUCGCUGCAGUGUUGCUGCUGACCGCCGUGGUUCUGUGUAUCCUGAAAGCAGCGCAGAGAAUCUGAAAGGAUGAGCAGGAUGGAUCAAGUCGGACCUUUGCUGCUCAGCGGACCUUUGUACUCAAGGGGGCUUUUGAGAUGUGUGCCCAAGGAAAAGAUGCCUUGUUGACUUGACUCACCACGUGAUCCGGGGUUGACUGUGACUGUGUACUGCACACAAGAUAAAACAGGGCUGAUUUGGGAUCAGAUUUCUGGACUUCUGUAAAGGAACCUGUGUGCAAACCAUGUGUGAUGUUGUCCAGAGGAACAAUGAUAUGCUGUAUCAUGGUAAAAUUGGUUUUGUACAUUCAGACACAAUUUGUUUUAUUACUUAUUCUCUGACAUAGAUUAGACUUUUAUAAGCAUUAGCAAUCAUGGAUGGAUGCAUUUUGCUUUUAUAUUUUUUGCCGACUUAGUGAAGAAUCAGUGUGUGUUGACAGCAUGAUGUCUGCUUAAUGCUUCCUGUGUGUGUGUGCUCCUCAGCCCUCUCUGUCAGGAAUGAAGAACAGGUGAAAUUCAAUAUAGAAAGACACUGUGCCAGAGUGCUGUAUAAGGCAGUCAUUUAAGCCAUGUGAACUUCAGCAGCAAAAUCUAUGUAAGUACAGUCUAUAGGGUGAGCCACUGUCACUAUAAUAAUAAUACACGCACUAAAAUAAGCUUUGAAGUCUGUCACCUGUAUUUAUGUGUGUGCUUAAAUCCAUUUCUGCCCAAGUAAAACAAAAAUACUUUGCGUUAUAAGGAAAGAGGGCGUGCUGCGUGUAUUACUGUACCUUACAGUAUCUUUUCUGAUAUAGAGUUUUUGUUCUCUAACAAUUAAUUAAUUAGCCCAUUCAAAUAUAAUGGAUUGGCAUUUAUAAACAUUUGAGUCAUUUUCAAAUUUAUUUUUGAAGAGUUUUUAUUGUUUUAUUCAUUUUUCUUAGUACUUUUACGAGUAAUAAUUUACCUACAUUUUGCUUACCAUUACUUGAGUGACAUCUCCAAUACAGGACUUUUACUUACCAGAGUAUUUUUACAACGUAGUAUUAGUAAGUUUACCUCCUGUUCAGACUCGCCCUCUCAGAGUAGAAUGAAAGCCCUUUCUGAAAUGCAAGGUUGUAAAUAUUCAACUUCAGAUGAACCUACUGUAUAUGUACCAAGGACAUUUUCCAGUACAUGUGUAUUAAUAGAAUGUGUUAAAGUAUCCCGCUUCAUGGAUUGGUAUACCUCAGACAGUUGGGAUGAUUCAGGCUACAAUACCGUAGGGGUCCUGACAUCCAUGUAUGCAUGUCAGCCUCUUUUAAAACUCUCCUAUUGUCACAAAACAUGAAAUAAAUCCAAUAAAG